CUAUGCAUAUCUCCUCCAGUCUGCCUCCUGACACACAAAAGUUCCUUCAAUUUGCUGAAACUCAUCGAACUGUGUUAAACCAGAUCCUACGUCAGUCCACCACCCAUCUUUCAAAUGGGCCCUUUGCUGUCCUUGUGGACUACAUCCGGGUCCUUGAUUUUGAUGUAAAGCGCAAAUAUUUCCGCCAAGAGCUACAGCGUCUAGAUGAGGGACUCUGGAAAGAAGACAUGGCUGUGCAUGUCCGUCGUGACCAUGUUUUUGAAGACUCCUAUCGUGAGCUGCACCGAAAAUCACCUGAAGAAAUGAAGAAUCAAUUAUAUAUAGUAUUUGAAGAAGAAGAAGGCCAAGAUGCAGGAGGACUGCUUCGGGAAUGGUACAUGAUCAUCUCGAGGGAGAUGUUUAACCCUAUGUAUGCCUUGUUUCGGACUUCACCAGGUGACCGUGUCACCUAUACCAUCAACCCUUCCUCCCAUUGUAACCCCAACCACCUUAGUUACUUCAAGUUUGUCGGGCGAAUUGUGGCUAAAGCUGUCUAUGACAACCGUCUUCUAGAGUGCUACUUCACUAGAUCCUUCUAUAAACACAUCCUAGGCAAAUCAGUCAGGUACACUGAUAUGGAGAGUGAAGACUACCAUUUUUACCAAGGCCUUGUCUACUUACUGGAAAAUGAUGUCUCUUCACUUGGAUAUGAUCUUACUUUCAGUACUGAGGUUCAAGAGUUUGGAGUCUGUGAGGUUCGGGACCUCAAGCCAAAUGGAGCUAAUAUUCUGGUAACUGAGGAGAACAAAAAGGAAUAUGUACAUUUGGUUUGCCAGAUGAGAAUGACAGGAGCAAUUCGGAAACAGCUGGCUGCCUUUCUAGAAGGUUUUUAUGAAAUCAUCCCCAAACGCCUUAUAUCCAUCUUUACGGAGCAGGAGCUAGAACUUCUAAUCUCAGGACUUCCCACAAUAGACAUUGAUGACCUAAAAUCAAACACUGAGUAUCACAAGUACCAGUCUAAUUCCAUCCAAAUUCAGUGGUUGUGGAGAGCUCUUCGCUCUUUUGAUCAGGCAGACCGAGCCAAAUUCCUCCAGUUUGUUACAGGUACUUCCAAGGUACCUCUUCAGGGCUUUGCAGCACUUGAAGGAAUGAAUGGUAUUCAGAAGUUCCAGAUUCACCGUGAUGACAGAUCCACAGACCGCUUACCUUCAGCUCAUACUUGUUUUAAUCAGCUGGACCUACCUGCUUACGAGAGCUAUGAGAAGUUACGCCACAUGCUGCUGUUGGCUAUACAGGAGUGCUCAGAGGGCUUCGGACUAGCAUAAUCCUAAGGGCUAUGCAGCACCACUCCCCACUGUUGUUAUAUUUUCUACUCUCAGACUUGGGGAAGGAAAGAAGAAAAAGGGAAAGUUUUACCCAAAAAAAAACCUUAUCCUAGAACACAAAAAACCACAGAAGAAAGCGUAACCAAUAAAUAAAUUAAACCAAGCUA